GUGGUUGUCACUCGUGCUCGUCUUUCCGCGUGUUCUUAACGAUUUGCUAAGAAAAGUGAUUUUCAUUUUCGUCAGUUUUACCAAGUAUUAAAAGAUUUCUGGCGUAAUUAAAUUAAAAUUUCAUCGAAUGUAAAUAUGGAUGGUAAAAAGAAGCGAUAUAGCGCCGAUGAGUUGAAGAAAGCCGCUGAAGAAGUUCGCAAGGGCCGAUCGUUUCGGGACGCAGCGAGAGCUUUCGGAAUCCCGAAAAGUACAAUAAGGGAUGUGGUAACAAAUCGUUACUCUCGCAAUAGAGGAGCGCCUGCCGUUUUCACGACUUCGGAGGAAACCGAAAUCGUGAAAUGGAUUCUAGCGAGGGCCGCAGCGGGAUUACCAGUCGGAGAAAAACAGGUUAUUUCGUAUGUUACCAGUUUUGCCAAAUUUUACAAAAAGGAGUCCGGCUUCAAAGAUGGAACGCCAACGCGUGGUUGGUUAAGACGUUUUCUUGCACGCCACCCAGAACUGUCGAAAAGAACAGCCAAUAAUCUUGCUAAGAAGAGGGUUAUCACGGAGGCCAACAUCAGACAAUGGUUUGAUGACAUACUUAAGUACCUCGAAACGAACGGCUAUGUGGAUGUAUUGUCCGAUCCAACCAGGAUUUUCAAUAUGGAUGAGACAGCGUUUUUUCUGGUCCCACGUAGACAAAAGGUCAUCGCUUCGAAGGAUUCUAAGACGGUUCAGGCCUUAACAUCGAAUAACGAUAAGGAGAACUACACAGUUUUAAUUUCGGCAUCUGCAGCAGGCGUUCUCGCUCCUCCAUUGGUGCUGUUCCCCUACAAAAGCAGAAUUCCAGGCAAAAUUGCGUGUAGCGUUCCAAAAGGUUGGUCUGUUGGUCGAUCAGAUUCGGGAUGGAUGAAUUCAAAUACAUUUUUUGAGUUCAUUGCAAAUGUUUUUUAUCCCUGGACCGUUGAGUCUAACAUAAAGUUUCCGAUUAUUCUUUUUGUUGACGGACACUCAUCUCAUGCUACUUAUGAAACAGUAGAGUUUUGCAAGUCAAAACAAAUAGUUCUGGUUUCCCUUUUCCCGAAUGCAACACACGUGAUGCAGCCUCUCGAUGUAGCAUUUUUUGCUCCAAUGAAAACAGCAUGGCAGGCCGAACUGAAAAAGUGGAGAUUUGAUCAUGAUGGUGCAAUGAUUACCCGGUGUGAAUUUGCACCUCUUCUAGAAAUAACAUUACAGAACAUGGCUAGCAAAGAAUCAUCUCUUAUCAAUGGCUUCCGUAAAUGUGGAUUGUAUCCUUUUGACGCCGAUGCCAUCGAUUAUUUAUCAUUUCCCAACCCCGCCGCAAAACCAUCGUCAACUCUUGAAAGCUACCUUCCAUUACCACCGCUACAAGAAGAAGAACAGAUGCCCUUUGGAAUGCCUGCAGCACCACAACAAGAAAUCAAUUCAACAAUGCUGCAUUUUCUGAAUACAAAAUUGUUACCCUGCCAGCUAGCUACAUUCCGUGAACAUCGGAAUAAGUUUAUUUGGCCCGGACCUGUUGAAGACACUAACUUAUUCUAUCUCUGGCGGAACACAGUGGACGAGGUGGAGGGGCCACCGGAGUAUAUGAUAAUUGAUUCUCCAUUCGUAACCAUUGAUGAAGAUCUUCAAGCCUUUGAUGAUACUCAAGUUACAUUGAGGAAUUCGAGUGGUAAGAUGUGA